AUGGCGACAAAAUUGUUACAAUGGCACACACUAUUCUUUGCGUUAUAUUUCAGCCAUUUCACUUCACAAAAUCAAGUUCAAAGUAAACCCAAACAUCGCGUAAACAUUAUACUUUUUGGCGCAACCGGCGAUUUAGCAAAGCGAUAUCUAUGGAACGGAUUUUUUAACCUUUAUUUAUCUGUGAGAGGCAAUUCCGAGAACACAAUGCUACGGUUUUAUGGCGCUACGAGGGUGGACGCUGAAACGGGAAGCAAGGCUCUUGUUGACAUUUUAAACACUUCUAUUCGAUGUUCUAAUGUUGAGUGCGAAAAACAAAAGAUUGAGUUUAUGAAAGUAUGUAUGUACUACAGGUUAAAGCAUUCGGUUGACUUUGAAAAGUUUCAGAAUUUUUUGCAAAGCAGCUUAACCGAGGAAGAAAUUGAAGUAGGGCGCAUAUAUUAUCUUUCUGUACCGCCUUUUGCAUAUGCAGAAAUCAGCAAGAACAUUGCGGAAAACUGUCGGCCAAAGUCACCAAAUACGUGGAUUCGUGUCGUCUUGGAGAAACCGUUUGGGAGCGACCUGAAGACUGCAACUGAGCUUUCUGAGAAAAUGUCAAAAUAUUGGAAAGAAGUCGAGAUAUACAGAAUUGAUCAUUAUUUAGGAAAAGCUGGUGUAGCGCAAAUCAUGGAAUUCAAGAAAGAAAAUCUGGAAUUUUUCGACACCAUGUGGAAUCGAGAUUAUAUUGAACAGGUGAAUAUUGUCGUGAAGGAACGCUUGGAUGCAAAGGGUAGGAUGAGCUUCUAUGAUCAAUAUGGUGUGAUAAGAGAUGUUUUUCAAAACCAUUUAACUGAAAUUCUUGUUUUGGUUGCUUUGGAAAUGUCUCAGGAUAAUUCUGAGAAAUCAUUUCCAAAUUCUAAGAAAUAUCCUGAGAACACAUUUAAGAGUGAUGAGAAAAAUUUUCCAAAAUUAUCAGGAAAUUCUGAGAAAUUAAGAUUGUUGGAAGCUGUAAAAGCAGUUACUAUACAUGAUGCAGUAUUUGGGCAGUAUAAAGGUUAUAAUACCCAGCUGAAGAACGAGGUUCCUAGCGUUGAAUAUGAUAGGAAUACACCUACGUUCUCUGCAGUUGUGAUGAAUAUUCAAAACCAGCGUUGGGCUGGAGUACCAUUUGUCCUAGUUUCAGGAAAAAGUUUAGAUACCAGACUUGCUUAUGUACAAGUCAAAUUUAAACAGCAGAAAUUCUGUAUAGAAAACAACUUGGACAAUGAGCCUGAAAAUUGUAAACCAAGAGAGCUAACUUUUUACAUUCAAGGUGAACAUAUUGACUAUCCAGUAACAAUGUUUUCAAGUGCAAUGUCAAAUAUGAAAUUUGGCAAAAAUUGGAAGAAUGUACUUUUUCAGACAGAAAUUCCACCAAAUCUUAAAAGUGAUUAUAUAAUUAUGAAACCACCUCAUACUGACCGUGAUGCUUACAGUUCACUAAUUCAGGAGCUUUUUCUUGGAAAUAGGGAUAUGUUUGUAAGCAUUGAAGAUUUAUUGCUAUCAUGGAAAAUUUGGGACCCAUUAAUCAAGGCAUCCACAUAUAUUCAACCUAGAUUAUAUACUAAAGAGGACAUUGAAAGUUUGGAUUUUGAACUUGUGAAAGGAAAAAUAAAGUUUGUUUCAGAAGCUAGAAGUGAUUGCCAGAUGUCAGGGGAUACAAAGUAUUUAAGGAUGGAAAUGGAAGAUGAUCAAUCACAUAGUUUCCGUGGCAAUAAACUAGUUUCGGGGCAUUUAACAAAUGUUGUUCAACAACUUGCAAAAGAUAUAGCAAGUGCAAUACAAGUGAGGGUCGAAUCUGGUGGCACAUUUAAUUUGGCUUUAUCAGGUGGUUCAACUGCUAAGCAUCUUUUUCAUGCAUUGGCAUAUAUGAAAUAUUUCUCUUGGGACAAGGUACAUGUUUGGUUGGUUGAUGAACGAUGUGUUAGUCUAAACCAUAAAGAAUCAAAUUUUCAAAAUAUGUAUGAGUACUUUCUCAAACACAUCCAUAUUCCCUAUUGGAAUAUCCAUUCAAUGCCUGUUGAUAAUGCUGGACAGUAUUGCCAUUCAAGUAACUUGGGUGAAAAACAGUAUGAAAAACUCCUGAGAUAUCACCUUGUUAAUGGCUCAUUAGAUUUUGUUGUGUUAGGUGUUGGUAAUGAUGGACAUACUGCAUCAUUAUUCCCAGGUAUCAAGUUACUAACAAGUACUAAUUGGGUUGAGUUGACAACCUCAUUCGGAGGCUAUACCAGGAUGACAAUGACAUUAUCAUUACUCAACCAAAGUAAAAAUAUUGCAGUGCUUAUACUAGGGCAAAGGAAACAUGAUAUUGUCCAAAAGUUAUUACAGGCUAGAGAAGACACUCAAAAUUUACCAAUAACUGCAAUCAAUCCAGUUUAUGGUACAUUAGUCUGGUAUAUUGAGGAUAGCCUGUUAUAUUAAGAUAGCAUGGUAUAUUGA